UCCUAGCUAGCUACUUCCCGUCGCCGUCAAGGAAAGCAGAGAGGCUAAAAGGUACUUUCUAUCAAUCUGAAACUCUGUGAUAGUGAAAGUAAUCUCCAUUACAGAAGUGAAUCAAUCCAAUUUACCCCGCCUGGAUUCAUCUUCUUUUGAAUCGUGUAUCUCUAAUCCUGUAAUUGGAACGAAUUCUUCAUUUGUCAAAAAUGGCGACUCAAAAAUUCUUCCCAACUGUAAAGAAUCUCUUUCCCACAAACCCUACUUACAACCCAGAAGAGAUUGCGAAUUUCAUCUCCAAAAUCCUUGUAAAUUCCAUUCCUUCAACACCUCUCCAGAUUAGACAAUCUCUUGUUUCAAGUCUCAAUCCCCAAGUAACCCAUCUUGUUCUUUCAAACCCUAAUGUCCCAACUCGUUCCUGCUUAACCUUCUUCAAUUACCUUCAAAGUAAACCGUCUCUGAUUGUGCAAAGGCCGGAUCUUCAAGCGCAUAUGAUGCUUGUUAGUCGUCUCUUCAAAUCCAGAAAGUUUGCUGAAGCUAAGAAUCUGUUGAACAGUCUUAUACUUGAUGAUGAUAUCAAACAUACUUUUCAGGAUAUAGUAACUUUAGCUGCUUUGUAUUUGAAAGAAGAGAAAAUUUCCUGCAAGCUCUUUGACAUGUUAUUUAGAGUUUAUGCUGAUAAUAAGAAGUUUGAAGAGGCUUUAGAGGUGUUUGAAUAUAUGAAAGAUAGAGAUUUUGACAUAGAUGAUAGAUCCUGCAUAGUUUAUUUACUUGCAUUAAAGAAAUGCAAUCAAACCGAUCGUUUGUUCGACUUCUUUCAUCGGAUGAUGUCGGCUAAGGUUGACAUUACAGUUUAUUCGUUGACAAUUGUAAUGGAUAGGAUGUGUAAGCAUGGGAAAGUUUCUGAAGCUCGGGAUUUAUUGAAUGUGAUGAUGGGAAGAGGAUUGAAGGCGAAUAUAUACACAUAUAAUACAUUAUUGGAUGCUUAUGUGAAGAAACAUGAUUCCAAUGCAAUUAAAGAGCUCUUAUCUGAAAUGGAUAGGGAGCGUUUGGAUUAUAACGCGGCUACCUAUACAUUAUUGAUUGAGGCAUCGUCAAGCUCCAUGAAGUUCGAAGCAUUAUUCGAAGAAAUGCGUAGUAAAGGUAUAGACGGUGAUAUAAAGCUUUACACGUCAUUAAUAAGUUGGAAUAGCAAAGCAGGAAACAUGAAACGAGCUUUUGAAUUGUUCGACGAAUUGACAAAUAAAGGCCUCAUUCCGAAUGCUCACACUUACGGGGCUCUCAUAAACGGCGUGUGUAUGGCAGGGCAGAUGGCUGCUGCCGAACUUUUGCUAAAUGAGAUGCAAAAAAGAGGUAUUGAUGUUUGUCGUGUAAUAUUCAACACAUUAAUCGAUGGUUAUUGUAAGAAAGGCUUGAUAAAUGAAGCGUUUAAGCUUUGGGAUGUGAUGGAGAGAAAAGGACUUGAACCAGAUGUUUAUGUUUAUAAUACUAUUGCUACGGGUUUAUGCAAGUUGAAACGGUUCGAGGAAGCGAAGAGGUUGUUGUUUACGAUGGAGGAUAAAGGUGUGGAACCAAAUACAGUUAGUUUGACCACUUUGGUUUGUAUACAUUGUAAGGAAGGCAAUCUCGUGGAAGCGAAAAGGAUUCUUGGGGAGAUGAAACGUAAAGGGAAAGAAUUUUGCCCUAAUACGACGACUUAUAAUGUGUUAAUUGAUGGGUAUUGUAAGAGGAUGAAGAUGAGAGAAGCGAGAAAGUUGAAAGAUGAGAUGGAAUUGGGAGGUUUGAUUCCGGAUGUUUAUACUUAUACAUCGCUUGUACAUGGAGAAUGUAUUUGUGGGAAUAUUGAAGAGGGUUUGAGAUUGUUUGGAGAAAUGAGAUCGAAAGGUGUUGAUAGGAGUUUGGUGAGUUAUACUGCUAUGAUUUCGGGUUUGUCGAAGGUAGGAAGAUCAGAUGAGGCGUUUGAAUUGUUUGAUGAGAUGAAAGAAGCUGGUUUUGUUCCUGAUGAUACUGUGUAUUCUUCACUUGUGGGAAGUCUUCAUGGGGGUGAUUAGAUUUUUAUUUGAAUGGUUGAAUCUUCAUGCUAAUGAUGUUGGUCAUUAUUAGU